UUCGAGUCGCGUAACGGACAGUGCGUUCUCGACUUUGGCUCCGCGAGCUCACGGCCAGCCCUUAUAACCGAAGUCAUAAUAGACGAACAUCGUGUGAACCGUUUGAAUAAAACCAUGUAAGAAAAUGAGGGCUGGCAGGUCAACAGUGCUAACAGCUCCACUUUUGUACAAUAGCAGUUGCUGGCAUCCGCGUAUCUACACCAACGGUCUAUUAUUUCGCAUUACUGUAUCGGGUAUUACAGAGAGUGCAUUCGUCUCGUUGCUCACGGUGGCCAUACUCGUCGCUAAUCUUAUGGUAAUAGUCACCAUCAACAGCGAAAGAUAUACGAAGUUUAUACACCCACAGCCUCGGUACUUGGUGACAUCGCUCGCUUGCAAUGACUUGGCCAUUGGACUGCUAGUUACACCGUUAGCUGCUUUUUCGGCUCUAGUCCAUUGUUGGCCAUACUCGGAAAUCGUAUGUCAAAUUCAAGCUCUUUUAAGGGCAGCAUUGCCGCAACAGAAUGCUAUGAUAUUAGUGUUCAUGGCAGUCGACAGAUACACAUGUAUGUUGCACCCAGAUAAAUAUCACAAACAUUCGAGUAAAAAGGGCUGCAUGUUGGUGUUGAGUUUGACUCUAGUGGGUUCGUUAACCGCUUUCGGCGCGGCUGUGAUCCGCCGAGGUGGAUAUUUCUAUAACGGCAAUGGGCUAAUGGCGUGCGAGCCAUUUUACCAAAGGCCGAGUUUGCGAAUAUUGGCCGCCUGCCUGUUUUACUUCCCCACGACAAUGGCACUCAUGUAUUUCUACGGGUCGGCAUUGCACGUGGACAGGCUCCGGCACAGACAGCAAAUCAACAUAUGCGCCGUUCUAGUGCAACCGAUGUUGCCCAAUAAUGCUGGAAAGACCACUCUCGAUGAAGCAUCUGAUCGAUUAGCAUCGAAAGAACUGAGACAAAGCAUUCGAACUACCAGGGCUAUGGGAGCAGUAGCAUUAGGUUUUAUAGUAGCCGUAACUCCUUGGACAAUUCAAGAAGUCGUCACUGCGUGUACAGGCACAAAAAUGCCACCGGCUGUAGAUUUCAUAAUCACGUGGAUAGCACUAAGCAAUAGCUUUUGGAAUCCGUUCAUAUACUGGGCUUUGAACCGAAAGUUUAGACGUAUCAGUCGUAGCAUUAUCAAAACCAAAAUUUUUCGUCGUAAAAAAUAUAACUCUAGCGUGAUAUCGUCGUCUUGCAAUGUUGGACAUCAGGAAAGUUGUUGCGCCAAUAGAGACAUGUGUUUCGCGGCCCUCCAGAAAGACAAUGAGGAUAUUAUUGAGGUGGACAGGCAAUCAUUAGGAUCUCAAGACAGAGGAGGGUUUCCCCCAACUCCACCACCGCCACCACCUUAUCACAGAGGAGACAUACAACAUUGUCAUUCAAGGAGAUACUGAAUAGAGAAUGAGUUGUAAUAUUAUUUGAAUAAGUUGUAAUAUUAUAUUACUUAUUAAGUAAAGUUGAUCAAUCAAAUAACUGUACAUAUAAUCAGUGUAUAGAAUUAUAGUUAGAGCGAUUUAAGAAUGGUCACUGUACAAUUAUAUGAGGCAUACAAUUAUUAUAUUAGGUAUCGAUCGUUUAACAGGGUGGCUCUGAAUAUAAUAAAUUAUAAUAAUAUCGUGGUUUUCGUAUUUCAAACCUCGAGUUAUCUAAAUAUGUUUAACAAUAUGAUAUUCCUUUUAGUUUUUAUUAUUUAUGUAUAUUGAACUGAAUCUAAAUACCUAUAUUAGGAUAUAUAAAAAUUAGAUCUUUAAGUAGGUAGGUACUUAAAUAGAAUCUACUUGUUGAUUCAUAUUGAAUUGCGAGUGAUAACACAGCGUAAUUUUGAGAAGGAUGUUCACAAUUAUUUUGUCAUUAAUAUAAUUGACUUUCAAAUUUCAACCACUUCUUGUGUAAAACUUCUUUAGGUACGUAACCUUUAAGAAUUUGUUAUUAAAUCAAUUAUUUACAAAAUAUCUUAACGCAGAAAAAAACCGUAUUAUUUGUAUAUUAUAUAUUACAAAAUAUGAUUUGAGUAAAGCUAUUUUGGAUGUAAUUUUUGUUACUGAAAAAAUGAGUGUCUAAAAGUCUUAAAUAUACAAACUGACAUGUAUCUAACUAACUAUUAACAAGGAAAAUGCAAAAAUAAAUAAGUAAUUCGCAAUGUUUAUUAAAUGUUUGUUAAAUUUAAUCACACUAUACCUACCCAUUCAUUUAUAUUUUAAAUAUUGAUUAUUUUUUUUUAAUUCUACAACACUGAUGAAUAUUUUUAAGCGAUUACAACUAGCUUAAUAAAAUACAACAUUUUCUAUCAAACUCGCAACACUGAAAAAAUAAUACAACUUCCAGCAUGAUUCACUGCACUUCUUCUUUUCUCAAUUUACUUCAAUCCGUAAAACCAAUGUACAUAACAUAAUAUAUUAUGAUAUAGACUUUUGUUAUUUACAUUUUACACAUUCAUAUUCUCUUGAAAAAAAAGAUAAGAAAAAUAUUUUUAGUCUUCUACAAAAUGUAUGUAAACACUUGAGUUUGAAUGUUUGAAAUGAACUUAAUAGCACUUAACAGAGAGGAUAAUACACUAAGAAAUAAUACAUAUGAUACAAAAUAUAAAAUAGCAGCCCACAUCAUUAAAAUAAUUUAUUAUUAAUACUUUACAAUUUUUGUUUUUGAAAUACAU